GGUGCGUAUCUUUGUAGACUUGGAAGAUUGCUGCUCCUGGACGGCUAUAUAAUGCACCGGAUCACCCGCUUGAUGCACUCCUCAUCUCGACCAAGAAGUCUUACUCUACUCAUACAAUCAAUAUGGCCAUCGAAGCCCCACUCUCCCAAGGAGUUGGCUACGGUGUCACUCUCGGCCUCGGAGGCCUCUUCGCCCUCGGUAUGACUGGCCUCACCGCUGCUCUUCGCCGGUACCAAGGUGAUGCGCAAACAUCCGAAGAAUUCUCAACUGCCUCUCACUCUGUCAAAACCGGUCUCGUCGCCGCCGCCGUCGUCUCGUCCUGGACUUGGGCUGCUACCCUUCUUCAAUCAUCUUCUCAGGCUUACAACAAUGGUGUGUCUGGACCUUUCUGGUAUGCGUCCGGUGCUACGGUUCAGAUCUUGUUGUUUGCGGUUAUUGCAAUUGAGUUGAAGCGGAAAGCUCCCGCCGCCCACACCUUCUUGGAGGUCGUGAGAGCGAGAUACGGAACGGCCGGACACAUCGUUUACGCUAUCUUCGGUCUCUUCACAAACAUCCUCGUCACGGCUAUGUUGCUCACAGGUGGAUCUGCCGUCAUGUCUUCCCUCACCGGGAUGCACACCGUGGCAGCCUGUUGGCUUUUGCCAGUAGGUGUCAUCAUCUACACCGUUUUCGGAGGUAUCAAGGCCACGUUCUUGACUGAUUAUGCGCAUACUUUGGUUAUUUUGAUCAUCAUCAUCAUCUUCACCCUCACCACAUACGUGACCUCCGACCUCAUCGGUUCCCCCGAGAAGAUGUACGAGCUCCUCGUCGAGGCGGCCGAACGUCACCCCGUUGCUGGAAACGCGGAGGGAUCAUACCUCACCAUGCGUUCCUCUGCCGGUAUCAUCUUCUUCGUCAUUAACUUGGUCGGAAACUUCGGUACCGUCUUCUUGGACAACGGAUACUUCCAGAAGGCUAUCUCUGCGAACCCCGCUCACGCUCUCUCCGGAUACAUCUUGGGUGGAUUGACCUGGUUCUCUAUUCCUUGGGUUUGUGCGACGACGAUGGGUCUCGCUGCUAUCGCUCUCGAGAACAACCCCGCGUUCCCUACUUAUCCCAACCGCAUGGACGCUGCCGACGUCUCUGCUGGUUUGACGCUUCCUUACGCCGCUGUUGCUCUCCUCGGAAAGGGUGGAGCUGUUGCUACUGUCUUGUUGAUCUUCAUGGCUGUCACUUCUGCUAUGUCCGCUGAACUCAUCGCCGUCUCCUCGAUCUUCACUUACGAUAUUUACCGUACGUACAUCAACCCCAAGGCCUCCGGAAAGCGUCUCAUUGCUGCUUCCCAUGCGGGUGUUGCUGCGUGGGGUGUCGUCAUGGCUGCGUUCUCGACGAUGUUGUACUACGUCGGUGUCUCGAUGGGAUUCCUCUACCUCUUCAUGGGUGUCAUUAUCUCUUCCGCUGUCAUUCCCUCUGUGUUGACUUUGUUGUGGAAGGGACAGAACAAGCAGGCUGCGGUGAUGACUCCAAUUUUGGGUAUUGCUACUUCGAUCUCUGUCUGGUUGGGGACGACCCAGCAUUACUUUGGCGAGAUCAACGUCGUUACUGCUGGUUCUGACAUGCCCAUGCUCUGGGGUAACGUCGCUUCCCUCCUCUCUCCCCUCAUCUUCAUCCCCAUCAUGACCCUCAUCUUCAAGCCCGACAACUAUGAUUGGGAGGGUAUGAAGAACAUCCAGGCUGUCAUUGAGGAUCCCGAUGCCAUGGAUGAUAUUCCGGAGGGCGAGAGGGCGAACGAGUUGAGGCGCGAGAUUUCCAGACAUACCAUGACUGACACUGCUGCGCUCGACAGAGCAUCCAAGAUCGCGAAGUCUGUUGCUCUUUUCUUGACCAUCUCUAUGCUCAUCCUCUGGCCUCUUCCUAUGUUCGGCUCCAGCUACGUUUUCUCAAAGUCUUUCUUCAAGGGCUGGGUCGUCGUCGGAUGUCUCUGGAUUUUCUUCGCUCUCUUCUCGGUCGGUUUGUUCCCGCUAUGGGAAGGCAGACAAGGAAUCGCGACGGUUGUGAUGGGUAUGUGGGGGGAUAUGUGUGGGCGUAGACCCAAGAGGCCGAUGCCGGAUGUUUAUAUGGACGGAACAGAUGCGGACGUCGUUGUAAAUGGCCAUGGGCUGAAGAGUGGGAUGGGAAGGAGUUGGUUUUGGAUGAGAACAAGCAUGUGA